AUGCUUAUGUAUUUUAAAGAUGUAUAUCAAGAACCUGAAAUAAAUAAUGCAAAGAAUGUAUUAGUUCAGGCAGAAGUGAUACAUGGUAUGCACUGCAAGGAUCCCUUUAACUGGCCAAGUACAAUUGAUGACAACUUUAUAUCAUAUUGCAUUGAAAAGGGACCAGCAUUUUUUCAAAAUGAUAAUUGUUCAUUUGAAAAGUCAGCUAGAAGGAAAGAAAAUGAUCAUACAAGGCAUCUGUCACUAACUUCUUUUCAACGAAAGUUACCAAAUGGAGAGAAGUGUCAACGACAAUGGUUAAUGUAUUCUCCUAGUCAAGGAGUUGUAUAUUGUUUUAUGUGCAAGUUGUUUGGAAGUGAUCAUAAAAAAAAAACCCAAAGUCCAUUUGUAAGUACUGGAUUUUCAAAUUGGAAAAAAUCAAAUAAAAUUGUACUUCAUGAAAACAGUCUUGAACAUCAAAGUGCUACAACAAAAUGGUUAGUACGAUCAAAUACAAAAACAUCUGUUAACAAAGAAAUGUGUAGACAAAUUUCAGCUGAAAGGGAUUAUUGGAUUCAAGUGUUUAAGCGUAUAACAACUGUUGUUAAGUUUCUGGCUAUAAGAGGUUUACCUUUAAGAGGAGAUCAUGAAGUUUUUGGAGUCAACAACAAUGGAAAUUAUUUAGGGCUAUUAGAACUCAUCGCUGACUUUGAUCCAUUUUUAAAAACGCAUAUUGAGUUAUACGGUAAUAAGGGGAAAGGCAAUCCAUCAUAUUUGUCAAAAACCAUUUGUAAUGAAAUUGUAAACCUAAUGAAAAAUGAUUUAGUUAACUUUAUGGUUGAAGAAGUUAAACAGGCAAAAUACUUCUCUAUAAUUAUGGACUCUACGCCAGAUCUUGCAAAAAUUGAUCAAAUGGCUAUAGUACUCAGAUAUUGUAUUUCAUCUAAAGUUUAUGAGCGACUGUUUGAUCUAACACCAGUAACUAGUCAUAAAGGAGAGUCCAUUUUUGAUAUCCUAUGUGAAUUUCUAAAAAAUGCUGGACUUGAUAUAAUAAAUUGUCGUGGGCAAUCGUAUGACAAUGCCUCUAACAUGAGCGGUAUAUAUGAGGGACUUCAGGCGCACGUUAAAAAUCAAAACACUUUAGCUGUAUACAUUCCAUGUACAGCCCAUUCAUUAAAUUUAGUGGGUGUACACAGUGUAGAUUGCUGUGAAGAGGCUGUACAUUUUUUUAGUUUUUUGCAGAUGCUAUAUAAUUUUUUCAGUGGCUCUACUCAUAGAUGGACAAUCUUAAUCAAUUCAUUAGAAAAGAAGGAUAAAGAGAGGUUGUUAGUCUUAAAAUCUUUAAGUGACACUAGGUGGGCAUCCCAUUCUGAGGCUUGUCGUGCACUCACUAAAAAUUAUAAAACAAUUUUAACUGUACUUUCUGAAAUAUCUGAAAGCAAAAAUGAAAAUGGGGAUACCAAAUAUCAUGCAAAGGUGUUGUUGAAAAAUAUUUUAAGAGAUUCGAACAUGAUCUAUGAACGUAGAGUUGGAGAGUUUUGCUCCCAAAUAAGUAAUACAUACAAAGAUGAAUGUAAAAGGAAAAUCACAAAAAAAUUUUCUGAUGGUAAUAAUAAGGGUUUAACUGUACUUAGUGGUAAUGAUAAAUUUCGGGUUGAAACGCAUCAUGUUAUAAUUGAUAAAUUUUGUUCAGAACUGGACAAAAGAAUUAAUGCAUAUAGUGUAGUAGUUGAACACUUUUUAUUCUUAACUAGACUACAUGUUGAAUCUACUGAUGAUGUUGAGGAAAGUGUUAAUAAAUUCCUUAGUGUAUAUAAAAAUGAUGUUGAUGAUUCUAUUAAAUAUGAACUAAUACAUUUCAAGCAGUUUUGGGAUCAGUUAAAACCAACAUUUGAUGGAAGUGAUGUACAUAAGAUAUUUGAAUGGAUGACCGAAUAUAAUAUUAUUAAUAUUUUCCCUAACAUUCAUAUUGCUAUAAGAAUAUAUCUUACCAUUCCUGUUGCUAAUUGUACCGCAGAGAGAGCUUUUUCGAAGUUGGCCAGAAUUAAAAAUAAAAAUAGAUCAACACAAACACAAGAAAAUCUAUCAUCAUUAAUGAUAUUGUCUACAGAAAAUGAUAUUUUACAACAUUUAAGCUUUGACAAGACAUUACAAGCAUUUGCUACACAAAAAGCUAGAAAAAAAACUUUUAUAUAA